CUCUUUACUUUCUUUAACUUUUUUAUUUUUAUUUUUAUUUUUUGAAUCUUUGCUUCCAUGCAUGGAUUUCUCCUCCAAAUAUAAUCUAAGUUUUGUAGAGAAAGUGAAAGGAAAAAAAAAAACUGAAGAGAGAGAAGGGAACACUUACUCUCUCUAUUUUUUUUUCUUUAAACUUUAGUUUUUGUAUUUGGCUUUGUUCAUCGCCAUUAUUAGCAACAAAGCUAAAAACAAUAGCAAACAGAGUCCCCCACUUCUUCGAACUUUUUGAUCCUUUUCUUCGUAUUUCAAGUUCUCAAACUACCCCCAACAAGCCAUAUUUAUUGUUAUUUCAGUUAAGCUUCUUUGGUUCAGUUACCAGAUCUGUUUCUAAAGUGUAGCCCCAAAAAAACCCCCUUAAUUUUCUGAUCUGAGUUGUUACUAUUUUUGUCUUUACAGUGUUCUGUUUCAUUGCCAUUUGGCUUUUUUUCUAUGUUUCAUCAGAUCAACUAUUCCAUCAUCCUUUCCAAUUCUUUGACCAGAUUUUAAGUUCGGUCUGGUUUAUUGAUCUUUGAACUGCGAAUUGUUGAGGUGUGUUUUUUUCAAUGGAAGAAGAACAAGAAUUCAAGCAUGUAUGCAAGUUCUGCAGCAAGAGUUUCCCUUGUGGUAGAUCUUUGGGUGGUCAUAUGAGGUCUCAUAUGAACAACAUCAUCAUCAACAACAACAAUUCAAUUGAAACAGAUGAGAAGCUGUGUAAGAAAAAGCUUGUGACUCUCAACAAUGUCGGCCAUGAUUCAAACACUGAUGAAACUGGUGUUGAUGGUGGAUAUAUCCUGAGAGAGAACCCCAAGAAGACAUGGAGACUGACAGAUUUAAGUGAAGACAGUUCAGUUCAUGACAAGGUCUGCAAAGAAUGUGGCAAAGGUUUCCAAUCAUGGAAGGCAUUGUUUGGUCACAUGAAGUGUCAUUCAGACAAAGAAAAAAGCCCCGUUAACAGCUUGGAAGAGCAAGAUUCUUGGAGUCAUGGUGAGCAAAAGCCGGUUGUUGAUAGCCAAUCCGACAAUGAAACUGGUGUUCCCAGUAAAAAAAGGAGAUCCAAAAGAAGAACAAGGUACAUAGGAACUCCAAAUUCUGUCAUGUCUGAAAUUGAGCAAGAACAACAAGAAGAGGUUGCUUUAAGUUUGAUGAUGCUUUCUAGAGAUGUCAGACAUUGGGUUGGUCUGAAUUCAGACAAUUCUAUGUUUUCGGAAGCUAAAAUUCAGAUUAAGAAUCCAAAGCUGAAGAACUUGGAAUCUGCAGUAAUGGAGUCUGAGAGAAAAAACAAGAACUUAGUGAUUCAAACAUAUGAUCAAGCAUCUGAUGUUGUUGAAUCUGAAUUCUGCAAAGAUCCUCACAAAAGAAGCAAGUUCGAAUGCACAACUUGUAAGAAGAUUUUUCAUUCAUACCAAGCUCUUGGUGGCCAUCGAGCUAGUCAUAAAAGAACCAAAGGCUGCUCUGCUUCCGACAACAGUGAAACCAGCACUGAAACUGAAACCUCCCCGGAACCAAACCCGACAUCCGCCACCGACACUGCUAACUUGGUUUCAGACAGCUAUGGGGUUGUUAAGAAGAACAAAGGCCAUGAAUGUCCCAUUUGUCUCAAGGUUUUCCCAUCAGGCCAAGCUCUGGGUGGUCACAAAAGAUCUCAUUUAGUAGCUGAAGCGAAAGAAAACCGAAGCCAAACCAUUGAAACCCAAAACCCAAUCCCUGAAAUUCGUGAUUUCCUUGAUCUUAACCUGCCAGCUCCUGUUGAAGAAGGGACAAGCAGUGUUCAUAUGGGGUUCGAACCAUGGUGGGUCGGAACCACCCACAAACACGAACCAUUACUGGGGUUGAUUUCAAACUGAAUCCGCCAUUGUUGUUCCGGAAUAAAAGCUUUCGAGGAAUGUACACUGUACAGUAGAAAGAGAAAAAGAAAUCUUCAUAUUAUUUCAUUCAUUCUUUACGGAUUCAAGGUAAUGCUGCUUAUUAGUUGUUUUGUUUGAAGUAGCCAUUGAUGUUCAAUCUUACAAGUUGUUUUGUUUGGUCCGAUUAACUUGUUGGUUCGAAAUUUGUAGUUGAUUGAUCUGCUAUGACAAUGUACACUGCAAUUGAAUAUUUCAUGCUUCUUCUUGUCA